ACAUGCAGGCUGAGAACGUAGCACAUAGUGCCACAACACCUAGAGCCACCAUGACCACCCCACACUUGCAAGGCCCCAAAAUGUCCACAGCGUUGGAAACAGCGCAGGAGCAUAUGGACUCAGAGGAGUUACAUUCCCUCUUGGACGCGGCUAUGGCAACUGCCGCCUAA